UGUGCUCCUUCUGAUAAAAUGAUACCCAAUCCCUGCUCCAUUUAGUAAUGUGUUGAUGACUGAGCAGACAUCACUGAACAAGGUGAGGAUUUCACAAAGCUAAGGCCCUUAUUGAGACACAUCCAGUGAAAACUUUUAAACAUUUCCAUUAGCCAUGUCAAGCUCCUUUCCACUCUCCACUGCCACCUACAUAUCUGGGGCAUUUAAGAUCACCGGUGAACGAGUUGUCGGCAAAGAUGUGACAGUUACGUUGGCGAUUACCAAUCUAACUUGUAACAGCAAGGCCAUCAAUGUGAACAUCACUGCUUUCUCAAUCCUUUACACCAACAAGGAAAUGCACCAACUCUUGAAUGAAACCCGGAGGCUUUGCCUGAAAGGCAAGGAAGAGAAGGAGGUUCCACUGACAAUAAAAUAUGCGCAGUACGAGGAUCUCUUGACUGCAGAUAAUAUGAUUGAGGUCCAUGCUGUUUGCUCUUCUGAAGAAACCAAUGAGAAAUUAGUUGUGCAAACGAAUAUUGUACUGGAGAAUCCUAAAUUUGACAUAAAGCUUGUGGAUAAGGCCAUAUUAAACAAGCCAGUAACAAUACAGAUCAUUUUCACAAACCCCCUGAACCAAGAUCUUACUGACAUAGUGGUCGUUGCGGAAGGCAGUGGCUUGAUUAAGGAUCCAAUCACAAAACAGGGCGGCUCUGUUAAAGCAAAAGGCACCAUCACAAUCCCUGUAACAUUCACACCCUAUAAAGAGGGAGAAAGAUAUGUGCUUGCUGAUUUCACCUGUAACAAGUUCAAGAAUAUUAAAGGUCACUUGCAAAUCAACGUGCAGGCAGAAUAACAAUAUUGUUAUUACCAUGUUCCGACAACAACAUAUGUACUGACAGUGGUUAAAUAUACACAAAUUAGCCUACUGUUUGCUUUUAUUCUUGCAUUCAUGACUUACUCAUAUCCAGGAAUACAAACAAAUGAACAGAGUGGAUGGUUCAGAACCACAAGCAAGGGUGUCCAACCUGCUGUGAUUGGAUGGUCAUCAUGGGGUCUAUGUCUUCAUGUCCACAUUAAUGACCCUGUCUUAUUCUUUCAUAGUUCUUAGUCCCUACAUACAUUGACUGUAUGUUGUCACCUUCUACUUCUAUAUUAAUUUGAUUCUUUGUUGGGCCCAUAACAACCAAUCAAUAGAUGUCAUUUACUGGUCUGGUUGCUGUGGCUCCCUAGAUGUGGGCAAAUGGAAGUGCAGCCCAACAUUUCAGUGUACACAUAACUCUCAGGGUUUUCUGUCUAUCACUGUACAAACAAACAAAGUGAUUGACUGGAAUACCUGUCUGUUUUCUGGAUACUCUGUUUAAAAGAACAAAUCGAAUGUUUCACAUGUGCUUCUCAUUCCUAGGACAAAACAGAGAGACUGAUUGGUUCUCCUCAAUGAUAAAGUAAAUAGCUCACCAGGUUGAUCGUGUGGUCCAGGUGCACCAGCCCCAGACCCCCAGCAUCAGGGAGCAGCAAACUAAUGUAUACAGCAAGAGAAAGGGCUGUCCAGCACUCAGAGGCAUCCACAGGGCCAAAAGUAUAAGCUAAAAAAGUCUUUAUUGAUCAUAAUUAAAAGUAUGAAUGCAUCUCCAUAGGCCCGGUGCGUUUCGUACCUCCAAGCCCAUGAUUAAGUACCUUGGAGGUAUGAAACGCGUAGGGCCUAUGGAGAUGCAGUAAUCAAUUUUUCAUUCUUGACACCAUGCUGCAUCAGUUGCCAUAGUAACACAGUUAUUUCCUCCAGCACCAAUACAUUUAGCUCCUACAGUCUCUCAUCAAAGCUAAUGGUCUAUCCAACUCCACUAACACAACUUGCUUGUUCUGUAGAUUCCUCCAAUGAAAAGGCUCUGUAGAUCCUAAUACUAGCACUUCUAUGGACCAAGAGCUCUCUCCAAGGUUCCACAGCUUACUUGUGACCAAAAAGCCAAUCCCCAAACCAAUGACCCAAAUACCACAAAUGCUUUGACCCUAGGGAAACACAUCUAGUGUGGAAGGACUUGGCUGGUUGGACAAAUGUUCUGGAUAGCACAAAUAAACCAUAUUGUGUGCUAAUUUCAACAUUUGUAGAAAGAAAUGUAUGCAGACAUAAGUGCAGAGAAGUAUUUUUUUAUAAUUUGUAUCUGUAUUACAUGUUAUAUAUAAGACUCAACAUGACUAAUGAGUCAAAGCUCUGCUAAUGCACCAAUAAACUUUGCAUGUGGAAAUAA